AUGCCAGUUGCACCCACAACUACCAUACCCGCUACCACACCCUCGCUAGCUGCACCCACAACUAUCAUACCUGCUACCACAUCUUCCUCGCUAGCUGCACCCACAACUCUUGUAACACUGGGAACGACGCCUCCAGAGCUUAUUUUUGGGAUGGGAGCCAAUGCUCAAAACCCCAGCAAUUUUGUAGAUGAACGUCCAGCAAAGUGUCAGAAACGGGCUUCAUGCGCACAUGCAGGAGAGACAGAUCUGCCACAGGCUGUCUCCUCCGGCCGAGGGAAACAACAACAAUUUCAAUCCACUCGAGCUGCUGCCGCCAAUGCAAUUGGUUAA